AUGUUUCUGCUGCAGUGGACAGAGGCGCUGUGGCUCCCUCUGGUGGCCACAUCUCGUCAUCACAUGUUUCUGCUGCAGUGGACAGAGGCGCUGUGGCUCCCUCUGGUGGCCACAUCUCGUCAUCACAUGUUUCUGCUGCAGUGGACAGAGGCGCUGUGGCUCCCUCUGGUGGCCACAUCUCGUCAUCACAUGUUUCUGCUGCACUGGACAGAGGCGCUGUGGCUCCCUCUGGUGGCCACAUCUCGUCAUCACAUGUUUCUGCUGCAGUGGACAGAGGCGCUGUGGCUCCCUCUGGUGGCCACAUCUCGUCAUCACAUGUUUCUGCUGCAGUGGACAGAGGCGCUGUGGCUCCCUCUGGUGGCCACAUCUCGUCAUCAUAUGUUUCUGCUGCACUGGACAGAGGCGCUGUGGCUCCCUCUGGUGGCCACAUCUCGUCAUCACAUGUUUCUGCUGCAGUGGACAGAGGCGCUGUGGCUCCCUCUGGUGGCCACAUCACGUCAUCACAUGUUUCUGCUGCAGCGCGAGGGGGGGGGAGAUGUUUGUUAUCAGUCAGAGGCAGACAUUACAAAGAAAAACAAAGGACAAAAAGUACAUUUACGCUGA